CCCGUGUUAUCUCCACCUCCUCCCGCCCCCCUCGUGCCUCUCCCAAAACAAAUCAAUUUCCUUCCUCCCGACCGAGCAAGGGGGCGAAAGGACGAGCUACGGACCGAGCCAUGGAGGAAUUCAAGGCUCGCUCCUUCGUCGCCUUGUCUCCCUCGGGUGAAAUUUCAUCAAUAUAGGAAAAUAGAUUAUACCAUCAGUUUUUGCACACGCGGAUGAAAUUUGACUAGGAGAGGCACCAUGGAGAAAGUCGAGGUCGAUGGGAACUUCAUUGGUACGGGUAAUUGGAAGCUGCAUGGAGCACUAUGUAAGCAACUUCACAAAGUAGUUCUUGAAGUAUUGGAUGUUAUUCCUGUCCUUGAAGCUACAAGGCCUGGAAACAGUUCUGGACUUCUUGCAUUGAGUUCCUUGCGCAUAGCUGUUGAGAAGGCCAAGAAUCUACUUCAGUAUUGCUCAGAGUGCAGCAAGCUAUACUUGGCCUUUACAGCAGAAAAUGUCCUGGCAAAAUUUGAGAAAGCAAGAUAUGCGCUUCUGGAAAGUCUUCACCAAUUGGAAGAAACACUUCCAGAAGCAGCCAGUUCUCAGAUACUAGAUAUCGCAAAAGAUCUGGAGAAAGCAGUUUUUACCUUGGAUCUGAUUGAAAAGCAAGCUGGUGUGGAUGUGAAUCAAUUAGUUCAGAAUGAGGCAAAAUCCAAUGGCUUUCUUCAUGACAAUGAACUUGAAUUUUUCCGACAAACUGCAUUUCGGGUCGGCGUUGCGUCAUCGGCAACAGCUCUUACCGAGAGAAGAGCACUUAGAAGGCUUCUUGAGAGGGCUCAUGCAGAGGAAGACAUAAAGAAAGAAUCAGUUGCAUCUUAUCUACUGCACCUAAUGAGGAAAUACUCAAGCAUUUUUAGGAGCGAAACGACGGAUUUCACCAACACAUCCAUGUGCUCAAGCCCUUCUUGCUCUUCCCGUUCAUUGUCCAGCUCGAUUGAUCUCCAUGGAAAUGGUCAUGUUAUUGAAAAGUCGAUAUCUAGGGUUGGCUCCUUCAAUCUCAGGCAGAUCAAAGGCUUAUCAGGUAGCAUGCCAUUGCCACCUGAGGAACUAAGGUGCCCGAUCUCCUUGCAACUCAUGCAUGACCCUGUUAUUAUCGCAUCUGGUCAGACAUAUGAGCGGGCUUGCAUUGAGAAAUGGUUUAGCAGCGGCAACACAACCUGCCCAAAGACUCGGAAUGAAUUAUCCCAGCUCUCCAUGACGCCCAACUAUUGCAUCAAGGGUUUGAUAGCUUCAUGGUGCGAGCAGAACGGGGUUCUAGUUCCAUCGGCGCCGCCUGAUUCUCCCAAGCUCAAGUACCUGAGGAUAUCAUCCUUGAAUAGUAGCAAAUGUCUUGUGACCAAUGGCGUUAGCACGGUCUUGUUUGAAGACACAUGCGCGGAGGAUGAUAUUAAGGAUGGUGGUAAAGUUGCUUCGGAGGAGUGCACUCGGCAGAACUCCGGAGAGGCUCCAUCUGAGAUAUGUGAAGUUGAUCAGGCCUCACCAGAAAAACAUCCUCAUGAGAACUCCGAGAAGGUAGCAGAGGCGACAUGUGAGCUUUGGCUGCGUGUGCUGAGCAAGGACGACGAUGAGUGUGUCGACGAGCAACGUGAGGUGAUCGAGCAGAUUAGAUUCCUUUUGAAGGAUGACAACGAGCUUAGGAAAUACGCGGGUGCUAAUGGUAUUACCGAGCUACUCAUCCACUUUGUGAAGAAGGCAGUCUGCAGAGAUGAUGUUCAGUGCCAGGUGGUUGGAACAAUGGCUCUGUUCAACCUUGCUGUCAGCAAUGAUAGGAACAAGAAACAACUUCUCUCAGGUGGAGUCCUCCCCUUGAUGGAGCAGAUGAUACAGAAGCCUGAAACCUACGAGGCUGCCGUCGCAAUGUACCUGAACAUUUCCUGCCUCGCCGAGGCGCAGGCGAUCAUCGGGCAGAGCGAGGCCGCGCCUCUCCUGAUCAAGGGCCUGCAAGGAGACGGCUUCCGGAUGAGCAAGACCUGCUGCCUCGACGCUCUCCUGACGCUGUACAACCUGUCGCUGCAAUCGUCAAACAUCCCGACCCUCAUCUCCUCCGGCAUCAUGCAGAGCCUCCACGACGUCCUGACGCCGUCCUCCCCGACGACGGAGAAGGCCCUGGCCGUGCUGAUCAACUUGGCGCUGACCCGCGCCGGCAAGAAGGAGAUCAUGGCCGACUCGGACAUGGUGGGCGCCAUCGUCGUCAUCCUCGAGAACGGGGACCCCGCCGAGAAGGAGAAGGCCGUGUCGUGCCUGUGGAUCAUCUGCAGCGGCGAUGACGGCGGCAGCCAGAUGGUGCUCCAGGAAGGCGUGAUCCCGGCGCUGGUGUCCCUGACGGCCAACGGCACGGGCAAGACGAAGGAUAAGGCGCAGAGGCUGCUCCUGCUGUUCCGCGGGAAGCGGCAGCGGGAGGUCGAGCAGCUGCAGCCAAGGGUGCAGCUGCACGAGGUGGUGAGCCAGGCAACCGCGCAGCACGAGCAGCAGCAGCAGCAGCAACAAGAAGAAAGCAGCGAGCCAGGCAGCGACAAGAUGUCGCGGCUGCGCAAUUCAAAGUCGAAGUUGAGAAGGUUCACGAGGGCCCUGGCUAGGUUGCUCAAGAAAUGGGGCAUCCGCUGAUCUGAUCUACUACAGAGGAAAGAACCACGUCGGCUAGUGUGAACUUUGGCAAAUGCAAUAUCAAUGUUAUCUUCCCGUGUGGGUUGACUCACUCGUUUUCGUCUCCUUCGCAUUGCCGCGAUAUCCAUACUCGUCUCACUUAUGCGGGCAUUGACCGUCUCUCUGUACCUAUUAACCUUGUGCUAAGGCAAAAUUAGUAAAAAGGGUUUAAGCUUAUUGUGUUUUGCCAAAAUGUAAGCCAAGAUGUGUUAACAAGGAUUAAGUGCGAUCA